AUGUCUUCAUCAACUUCAGAACCACCAACAGACAAUUCAGCAGAAGUGAAGAAAUCAACACCACAACCCCCGUCGAAACCCAGCUGGGUCCUCCCCUACAAGACACAAAGCCUCCAAGAACUCUACACAAUCGGCAAAAAGCUAGGCCAAGGUCAGUUUGGGACCACCCGCCUCUGUACGGACAAGUCGACAAGCAAACUCUACGCCUGCAAAUCUAUACCCAAGAAGAAACUCUUCUGCCAAGAAGACUACGAAGACGUUUGGAGGGAAAUUCAGAUAAUGCACCACUUGUCAGAGCAUCCAAAUGUGGUUAGAAUCAAGGGUACAUAUGAGGAUUCUUUGUUUGUCCACAUAGUGAUGGAGCUCUGUGCUGGUGGAGAGUUGUUUGAUAGGAUAGUACAGAAGGGGCAUUACAGUGAGAGAGAGGCUGCCAAAUUGAUUAAGACGAUAGUUGGGGUAGUGGAAGCUUGUCAUUCUUUGGGUGUCAUGCAUAGAGACCUUAAACCUGAGAACUUCUUGUUCACUAGCACUGAUGAGGAUGCCGCUCUCAAAGCCACUGAUUUUGGAUUGUCUGUAUUCUACAAGCCAGGUGAAACUUUUUCUGAUGUAGUUGGGAGUCCUUACUACGUUGCCCCAGAGGUUUUAUCCAAGCAUUAUGGACCAGAAUCAGAUGUAUGGAGCGCAGGAGUUAUUUUAUACAUCUUACUAAGUGGCGUUCCACCUUUUUGGGCAGAGACUGAGAUAGGGAUCUUCCGCCAGAUAUUACAAGGGAAAUUAGAUUUUGAAUCUGAACCAUGGCCUGGCAUUUCAGAGAGUGCCAAGGAUCUAAUUCGGAAGACGCUUGAUAGAAAUCCGAAAAAAAGGCUGACUGCCCAUGAAGUAUUGUGCCACCCAUGGAUUGUUGACGACCGAAUCGCCCCUGAUAAACCUCUUGAUUCUGCAGUUCUAUCACGCUUAAAGCAGUUCUCUGCAAUGAACAAACUCAAGAAGAUGGCUUUGCGUGUAAGGUUAUGUCCUGACAUUUACGUGGAUUGCUUAAAUGGAAUGGAGUAUUAUUUUGAGCGGUUUGGUGUAACUGAUAACCAACAAAUAAGUUUUAUUGAAAUGCAUCUUGUUGGUUUUGCUAAGCAGCAUUGGUAG